AUGGUCGAGGUAGAUUUCUUUCUGAAACUCAAGCUCGUGAAUCUGAGAAAUUCCAGAAAAGAGCACGGAAAGCUCAGAAGCAGAUUCUCUCCUCCUCUUACAGCUAUAUUCAUUAACAGCCUCAAUGAGACACUCAACGAUGAUCAACCCCCACCAGAAGAUCAAAUCAUUCCCAUAGUCGAAUCGCAAAAGACUCGUCUUCAAUUUGACAGAUCCGGAUACUAUUCCACCGUUCUCGUAAACCGAACCCACGAGCAAAUUCAAUCGAUUGAUCAACCGAACUUAUACCCUUUUGAGAGCUAUGCAGAUCGAAAUGAAUCAAUCUGUGGGGAAACCGAAAAACCGUCGAGGAGAAACAAACCGAAGCUAAUUCACAAACAGAAAAGCGCGUUAUAA